UGACUCGCACGAAUCUUCCAUGGAGCAUCACCGACACCUUACAUAAGGUAUACCUGUCGGAAGAGAGGAAUGCUCGCGCUGCGUUGACAGAUUCUUGAAGUUCGUGAGGAUCGAUAGGAAGCCGCAAUGUCGAUUCAAUUGACGAACGCGAACAAACCAACAAUAUAUAAAAUCAGACGAAUAUUUUAAAUGUGUCUGGAAGUGAAUAGCGAUGACAGAACUUCGUAAGGGAAGGAACGAAGAGUCGAGAAAUGAGAUUCUGACUUAUGAAAUUGGAGGCGAAAAUGGAGUUUACUGACGUAUACGGAAGAUCUGCAGAGUACACGUCGCCGACGAGGAGUGCGGCGUGAGCGGAACUAUGCGCGGUACUCGUGGUUAAUAGAGAGCUCACUUAUACUCUUUGUGCGCGCAAACAAGUUGACACGAACAUGACACGAACGAUCGCGAUUUGAUAUUCGCGAAGACACGACGGCCAAAUGAUCGCAGGAGUGUUCAAAUGCCGAAACUUGCGCGACGUACAGGUUGGUACACAAAAAAUCUGUCAUCUAUUUGCCAAUUAGAGUUGACAACUGCACACGGUUUCAAGGUAAUUUCUAUUAACAGAAAUAGUGCUCGAUGACUUUGUCUCUCUAAUGUUAAUUUUGGCAACAUUUUCCACGUGGAAGAAGACCUCUCAAUCUCUCUCUUCAAGAUCUCCAAAUUUCUAACCUUAUUUAAAGACAGAGCUCAACAGAGAUACUGCCAACGUAUUCAAACAUAUUCAAAGGCCACAAAAGUAUUUUUGAGACACCAGCUAGGAUUUACAAAACGUUGCAAAAUGAGACCACUACUUAAAGUGUUAUAUUCGCUCUGUUGGAGCAAUGCUUACCUGAUCAUGGGCAUAUGCAUGGGCCUAAGUUUCAGUCUGCUAUUGAUACCGAUCGACGUUGACAAGCAACGUGAUAUCGUGGAGACCUUCGACCAUUCUUCCAAUACUUUAGAGGAUGUGGACCCCUAUGAGCCACGAAUAGAUACCGAUGGUAAACCGCAGCAGGCUCUGAAGACAAGGAAGACGUUCGUGCGCCCGCGAUAUUACUCCACGGAGCUGGGUAUCAGGGAGAAAUUAUUCGUGGGUAUUAUAACGAGCAGAGAGCAUCUCCACAGCAGGGAUGUGGCGCUGAAUAAAACAGUCGCUCAUAUAGUGGACAAAAUCCGUUAUUUCAUCUCUAUACCGGAAGGGACCAAACCGAACGUCUCGUUCCCUGGGAUAGUCGGGUUUACCGAUACCAGAGACAUCCUAAAACCUUUCCACACUAUAAAAUAUAUCAUCGACAAUUAUCUAGAGAACUAUGACUAUUACUUCUUAGUUAAGGACGUGAGCUAUAUAAAUGCAAGGGGUCUGAUGGAAUUUGUGAAUAAAAUAAGCGUAAGCCAAAACGUUCACAUAGGUGUUCCAAGCGAAAUCGAGACCUACUGUUCCUUGGAGUCCGGCGUCCUGCUGAGCAACUCCGUUAUACAGGAGAUCAAGAAUAAUUUAGACUGGUGCGUGAAGAACGCGUAUUCGGACUCGGACGACGUUAACGUCGGCCGUUGCAUCCUCCAUUCCACGUCGAUGCCAUGCACUGAUCGCGUGCAAGGGCAAGAUUUCAAACUUACACGCUUGAAGCCUGCGUUUAACUUCGAUCGGGACUUCGCCGAGUUGGCCAAGCGCAGUGAUUUCCGAAAUUCGUUGUCUGUGUAUCCCGUCUACGAUCACAUGCUCGUUUACAAGUUUAAUAUGUACUUUGUCGCGAUCAACUCUAUCAAGGUUCACAAGCUGAUCGGUGAUAUACGCAAAAUGAUCUCGAAGACCGCGCAUUUGGGCCCGCCGAAUCAGCGCAACGUAUCAUGGCCCAUCGGUAAUCAACCAGGCAAUAAGCCGUCGGGACGUUUCGAUGUUCUGCGCUGGUCGUACUUUAACGAAUCUCACGUGUUCUUCGAGACCGAUUUCAUUAACAUCCAAGAGUUGCGCGGCGACACGAAGUCCGCCAUCGACUACGUGAUCACCACAGCUGUAAACAAUAUUAUCAACAAGUAUGACAACAAGCUGAGCUACAAGAAGCUGCUAAACGGCUAUCAAAAAUUCGACGCAUCCAGAGGGAUGGAUUACAUACUCGACAUCGCGUUCAACGAAGUGGCCACAGGCAAAGAGGUCAGGAAGCGGAUUGAGAUCUGCAAGCCGUUGGGUAAAGUGGAAAUUAUACCCGUGCCGUACGUGACCGAGAACAUGAGGAUUAACGUGAUCGUCGUUAUUGAUCUGGACAAGAAGCAGGAUGCGUUGAAUUUCAUGGAGCAUUAUGCGCAAGACUGUAUGGAGAAGAAGUACAAGACUUUCCUUAUGGUGGUGCUCUUGUAUAAUUUCGAUUCGCAGUCGAAGGGCAGAGGCGACGUCUUCUACGAGAUAAAAAAGAAUAUACUAACAUUGAACGAAAAGUAUAAGAAGGAUCAAUCUAGAAUCACGUGGCUCUCAAUACGAUUGCCGAGCAACGUGACUUCCGUAGAUUUCGAUCCGAUGUUAAAGAUCGCCGUGACCGACUUGUGCGCGAGAAAGUUCUCCCCGGAGAGUUUGGUUUUAUUCACGGAAAUGGGAGCGAAGUUGAAAGUGGAUUAUUUAAACAGAGUUCGCAUGAACACUAUUAGUCGUUAUCAGAUAUUCAGCCCGAUUCCGUUUAUCGAGUAUCAUCCCGACAUAAUCUACGCGGAUGAAGUGGCUCACGAUGAGGUGGACGUCAAUAGCAAUUAUGGCAGAUACGAUGAACGGAACUACAAUAAUAUUGCGUUUUACAUCAAGGAUUACAACGCAAUGCGGCAGACGGUCGAAGCCAACAUUCCGUUAACGCGAUCCGACAAGGACAUCGCGACCCUGCUGAAACUUUCGAAGCACAGUCCUGUAACUUCCUUAUUUGAGAUGUACGUGUCUUUCAGCGAUAUACAUGUGUUCCGCGCAAUCGAACCGACGUUAAAAAUCAAAUAUAAGGACGUUAACUGCGAGGACAAUUCCAUCGACAGUAUUUAUAAGAGUUGCCUUAGACUAAAGAAUAGUCACUUGGGUAAGCGUAGUCAGUUAGCUAGACUAAUAUUAGAUUAUCAAAGUUAUCACACGUAAUGGAACAGAAGUCGCAGUAUUAAAUCAAUAUA